GAUAAAAAUAUUGAUACUGAUAACAUUAUUAAACAAGAAGGAUCAAUGAUUUAUGAUAAAAUGAACGACAAAUGGACUAAACUAGAGACAAAUAUAAAUGAUACGACGAUGGACUAUACUCAGAUUAUGUUAUCCAAAAAAUUAGCAAAUAAACAAGCUGAUUUGGAACGUACGAGUAUUGUGACWGCUACACUUGCAAAUGUUGUGAAUGAAUGGCACGAGAUAACGGAAGUUACAGAAAUGUUGAUGAGAGACCCAUCAGUUACAUCGCAACGUUAUCCAAAAGACGUUCAUACAAUAUUCAUGCAAGUUUGUAUGUUUUAUAGGGRUGCUUGUUUUGGAAUAGGUAGGACAAAUUAAUUUUAUUUAUAUUACUAAUAUCAUCGAUCUUUCAUAAUUAUAAAAUAAUAUAACGUUCAUUUUAUUAGGUGAAAAAAUGCUUAAUCGAAGAAUCGUAUCAGUAACACGUGUACGAUGUUUCCUUAUUCUACGUUAUUGGUUAAUGGAACGUAAUCAAGCUAAUAUUUGGCACAGAGUUAGAUUAUUUAUGGAUUCGAAGUUUUUAAAUAGAAAAGAAUUGUUCAA